AUGGUGCCACAAACCCUCGCAUCACUCCCUUCAGAGAUCCUUUCCGAGAUCUUUGAACAUCUCCCCCUAUCAGACCUCGCAAGGCUCGUCCGCACAUCAACAUUCUUCGCUCGGAUCGGGACCCGGCUUUUAUAUGAUAGGCUCUUCUUCAAUUCUGUCCGUCCAAAAGCCAGCGUUAGCAUUGCAAGGUUACGGUCGCAAUUCAUUCUCGCUUAUUUUGGCUCCAACUCGGAGAAACUGCUCGCGGUACAGGCUGCCAAGGGCCGGUCUAUCCUCCACUAUGUUGCAGCAGCUGGGAACAGGGCCCUGAUGAAUAUUCUCCUGAAAAAGGGUGCUAAUGUCUCCGUGAGAAAUCAGAAUGGCGAGACACCUCUACAUACGGCCCUAGAGAAGGGUAAAGAGGCAAUGGCCGUGGAGCUCAUCGAUGCUGGAGCGGAUGUCCUCAGUCCGGCCCGUGGGAGAACUAUCCUGGCUUAUGUGCAUGCAGGCACCUCACAACCCGUCGUCGAAAAGUUGAUAUGGGCUAUUCGGGCUGCUGGAGGGGAUAUCUCUCAUUGUACACCUGAUGGGCACACCGCAUUACAUUAUGCAAGUCGCCGGGGGUACGACAGUUUAGUUGGUAUUCUCGUCGCCAACGGGGCAGAUGUAUUCGCUGCCAAUAAAUAUGGCCAUCCGCCCCUGAUUUCAGCUAUUUUACAAAAACGCGUCGGGGUUAGCAAGAUCCUCCUCAGCGCAAUGAAAUCGGACCCCCGCGGCUACGAUAUCAACGAGCCAAUUGCUUCUCUCAAAGGUGUCCCUAGAUCCUGGAUUCCAGAGAAGAUCUCUAUGUUCUAUGAGAAUGGAGAUACAGUCCUGCACUCCGCAGUCAGGACAUGGAGCAUAGCGACGGUGCAGCUGCUCCUCGAUUUUGGAGCCAAUCCUUUAGCACAAAACAACCCAGGCUAUACAGAGCCUAAAACGCCGUUUGAUAUCGCCGUUCUGGGCCGGUGUCCGGAACUAGUUAUUUUGAUUGCGGGGAUCAACGACGCACCAGCAUUCUGGACAUCGAAUGGUUAUAUUCAGGAAGGACUUGAGACCUGUGUCCGCGAGGCUUAUGCCGGUACAGUUCGCGUGCUUUGUGACCUUUAUAAGGAGGGAAAGGUUCACCUUGACCUCACCGCAGUUGCCAACGAAAUGUUGCGGACGUGCAGGUAUUAUGGAGAUCAUGUGCCGGACCAGGAUGUGAAUGAUACCGUCACCUAUGUUGUUUCCGCAGGCGCUAAUAUCAAUGCGCAAGACGAGAGGGGGCGGACUCCCCUACACCUACUUUGCAGAUUUGGUGGUGGCAAAUACCAGGACGACGCUAAAUUCAGAUUGAUAAAAUAUCUCUUAAAUUGCGGUGCCGAUUGGAGGAUUCGAGAUGAGGAAGGAAACACUGUCCUUCAUACUGCCGCGAAAGAAUGGGAGUGUGACCGUGUUAUUCGGCAUAUACUCCGAACAAUCUCACCAACGGAUAGGGCAAUAGUGGGCUCAGGAAAUGGAGACCGAAAUACACCACUACAUUACUAUACAGGUUCGUUUGCUACAGUGGGGUGCAAAAAGUAUUCGACCACCUCAUCUUACCGCCUACUAGUAGCUAAACCUAGUUAG